AUGGUGAUCCAUCCAGGCGUUCUUGCGUCGGCAUAUGCCAGCAUCCGAUGGCUUCGCCAUGACUUGAACUGCUCGCUGCCUCUCGAAGUCUGGUUCAAGCCGGACGAAAUGGCACGUACCCAUCCUGUUCUCGUGGCCCUCCCAUACGCUCUCUUCUAUAGCGCAUUCGACAACGUCCUCCUCGUCGACUGCGACAACUUUGCCGUGCGGAACCCCGAGUUUCUCUUUGACGAGCCCGCGUUCCUUGCCACCGGGGCGCUCUUCUGGCCGCCCGACAACUCGUGCUUUGGAAUCGAUGGUUACAGCAUGCUGUGGAACCUCACUGGACUCGACUUUGUCGACAUGUUUGAGCAAGAGUCUGGGCAGGUCGCCGUCAACAAACGCGCCAGCGACAAGGCUCUGCACGUGCUCAUGUUUUACGCCUUUCGGACCCCCUCGGACCUGUACCGACUCGCGUGGCUCAAAGCGGGCGCGCCGUUCCACAUGAUCGAGCGGCCUCCCGGCAGCCUCAGGCGCCGCAACCACCAGACUGGCGGCGCGUUCGGCGGCAAAUCCAAGGUGCAGUAUGCGCCAGACGGGACUGUGCUCUUUUUACAUCGCAACUCGGACAAGCUGACGGGUUGCGUCGGCGACAGCUUGUCCUGGGGCGUCCUCCAGGAAUUUCGAUACCUGUAUCGUCCAGCUACUCUGCUCGGUCUCCUUAGUGACAGAGAUGCCAACUGCUUUGGCCACUCGGACAACUUGGUCGACACGUACACGGAGACGGACGUCAGAUGUCCCCAAGACAAUCCACUGAAUCCUCUCGACGACAUGUUUGCCAAACCCUUGAUCGGGUUGCUGCGUCGUCAGCGCAACACGACGGGGGAUCCCAUCUCGACCUAA